AUGCUCUCGACCAAGAAACUGCUCGCGCUACUCACUGGUCUCCUGCUUUCCUCUCGAGCGACGCCUUUGACUACUGGACCCAGUGAUGAUGUGGCCACGCCGCUCCAAGAGACAGCCACUCCACGGACCAGGGGCACCAACCUAUUGCGCGUUGCCACAAGUCUCGAUACCGGUCAUCACGACGACGACGACGACAGACGUGCCCAAGAAGAAAGGAGACUUACUUUACAGGAUCUGAUGGCGUUCGAUGACAUCACUAACGAAGUCAAGGCCGGAGUCAUGAGGAACAUCAAUAAGUUCGUGGGAUACAGGGAGGCAGACAUGGAAGUGCUCGACUUAAGUGAUGAAGAGGAGAAAAAAAGAGUGAGCCUUCUGCAAGUGAUGGCUUACUGUGACCUCUACGAAGUGUAUUUGACGCACAGUCAGGCUUUUGAUCGCAAGGCACUGAACAGGCUAAAGCACUUGAACACGUAG